AUGUCGCAAAAGAAAGGACACGACACAAGCUUUCGCCGUACCUGGGACAAACAAGAAUACGAACAGUGUACACGAGAUCGUGCUCGUCGUGAACAACAACUAGAAGAGGAGGAAGAGCGAAAAAGUAAAGGACUCAGAUGGUUCAAAGCACUAGUAUUGCCUCGAAAAUAUUGUAAAGUGUGCGAUUGUGUGGUGAAGGAUAGCGUCAAUUAUUUGGAUCACAUUAAUGGAAAACGGGCUUAUUUGUUCCAUGCAUAUCAAAGAGCACUAGACCGAACCAUGAAAGUAGAGCGUAAUACAUUGGAUCAAGUACAAAACGACUGGCUCGUCUCGUCUAAAAAACAAAAAGAAGAGAAACCACAAGAAUAUGAUUUCGAGGCGAGUGUCGAACAAAUGCGUCAGCAAGAAGAGGAGGAGAAACAGAACCGAAAAGGGCCAAGAAAUCUAAAGAGAAAAAUGCUGCUACAAACAAUGAUGAAUAAAGUUGGUAUAAUAAUUUUUUGA